GGGGAAGCCGAAUAUUCCGAUAGCCCGCACGCUAUGCGAGUCUGAGCGUGGACCGCUGAAGCUGAGAUCUGCGCACCCCUCUCCGCGUUCCGGACUUGGACGGGCUCCUGUGGGACCGGCCCGUGACGUCAGGGGAGAGGGCGGUGACGUCAGAAAGUGUUACAGCUCCAGUCGGCAAGAUGUCGGAGAAUAUAUUCCUGUUCGUCCCGAACCUCAUAGGUUACGCGCGAAUUCUUUUCGCAUUUAUAGCUUUUUAUUUCAUGCCGAGCUCCCCCCUCGUGGCCGCCACGUUCUAUCUGCUCAGCGGCCUUCUGGACGCCUUUGAUGGACACGCAGCCCGCCUGCUCAACCAGGGUACGAAGUUCGGGGCCAUGCUGGACAUGCUGACCGAUCGCUGCGCCACGAUGUGUCUUCUGGUGAAUCUGUCGCUCCUCUACCCGGCGCACGCCCUGCUCUUCCAGCUCAGCAUGAGCCUCGACAUCUCCAGCCACUGGCUGCACCUUCACAGCUCCACCCUGAAGGGCAGCGAGAGUCACAAAGCCAUCGAUCUGUCCGGGAACCCCGUUCUGCGUCUCUACUACACGUCCCGGCCAGUCCUGUUCCUGAUGUGCGCCGGUAACGAGCUGUUCUAUUGUAUGUUGUACCUUCUGCACUUCUCAGAGGGACCGGCAGUGGCGUUGGGGCCGCUCGGGGCCGUCGGCAUCUUCCGGUUGGUGCUUUGGCUUUCCUUCCCGGUGUCGAUCCUGAAGUCUCUCAUCAGCCUCCUCCACCUGGUCACGGCUUCCUGUAACAUGGCGGCCAUCGAUGUGGCCGAGCGUUCCAAGAAGAAGUGAGUCCGGCGUCUCUGAGCCGCUGCCCGUUACCCGCUGCCCGUUACCCGCUGCCCGUUACCCGCUGAUCGUUCCAUAUUUAUACCCCACGCCCACGAGGACCGGACCCUCCGCCGACCGCUUCAAUGUGCCGAGGGUUGUUGGGUAACUGGCGGUGAAGGAGUUAAAUGGCCUCGCAGAGGAUUCAUGGAUGGGGGGGGUCCUCUCCGGUUACUGAAUUAUUUUAAUGGUAAAAGUGUUAUUUUUUAUAUUUAUGAUUAAAACCGUUCUGUGUUU